AUGGGAAGUUUCAGCAUGAACAAGGUGCUGGGCACCUUGAAGAAGCGACCGACUGCUGGGAGUAAAGCAAUUUUGCAUGUCUGUGGGAAGCGCUUCGGUACCUGCAUUGCGCAGGGUGAUGAUGUCGUCUUCUUACCCUCGAUAGUUGAGAGUGCUGUUGCGUCUCCUGCUGCCGCCGCUGAGUGUGCCCGUCGGAUCAGGAAAUAUAUGAGUAAAGAUUAUUGGACGAAGCCAGCAUGCCAGUAUAACGCAAUCAUGCUUGCCCGGAUCCUGGCCAACAACCCUGGGCCCGGCUUCACGAGAUUCUUGGACAAAAAAUUCAUUGAAGCGACAAAGGAGCUUCUAAGGUCCUGCAGGGAUGCGAGCGUUUUGCAAAUGCUUAUGGAGACACUGGAUGCCUUCGAACAUGAGAAGUACGGAGACGAAAACCUCAGGCCGUUGAUCGAAAUGUGGAAAAAAGAAAAGGAGAAAGCCCGUCAGGCCUAUGGAGGUGUCGUACUUGUUCCUCCCCCACCUCCGGUCAACCCCCAACCUCCCCACGGCUACCACCGGCACGGUUCUCACAGCAAGCGGCUGCCCGAUCCAGUUGAGCUCGCAAGUAGACUAGAAGAAGCUCGUACAUCAGCGAAGCUGUUAGAGCAGGUUAUUGCUUGCACUCCAUCCAACGAGAUUCUCUCGAAUGACUUAAUCAAGGAAUUUGCCGGACGGUGUACAAGAGCAUCACGAAGUAUUCAAGGGUACAUGACUGCUCAGAACCCUGCUCCAGAUGUUGACACCAUGGAAAGUUUGAUCGACACAAACGAGCAGCUCCAGAAGGCACUGAACCUUCAUCAUCGGGCUAUUCUCCGAGCAAAAAAGCAACUGACUGAGAGCCAAACCCAAGGAACCUCUAAUCUUGCUGUCCCCGGCAGUAGCAGUGGAAGCAGUCCCAAUCCUCAGCUACAAACACAAUCACAACAGCCGUCAAGUCCAACUUCCCGCCUUCUCGCUAUUCUCCCAAGCCGUAUGCCCGUUUCGACGAGCAGGGGCAGUGAGAUCCAGAAGAGCAAGUCUCGCAACCAUGACGAAUACGUUCCCGACUCUGCUAUGUCAGGAGCGCGUCACAGUGUCACCAACGACGAUGAUAACCUGCAAAACCCUUUCCGUGAUCCCGACCCCGAGGUUUCUUGCACAGUCGGAAGGUCGAUGCGCUUCCCAGAUGAACCUUUCCACCCUGGCUUUGGGCAUAAUAGUGGCGGUAAUCGGGCGACAGCAGCCGCUGGCCAGCAAAGACCAUCCACACCUGUCUACAAUCGCGAUGAUGAUGGCUCAGACCUAUACUCUGCAACACCCCCGAGGAAGCGUAGUGGCUGA